AUGAGCAAGAUGGGCAGACAGGACCUCAGACGUGAGCUGGACUCGACGUGGGAGCAGGCUGAAGGCGCGGGGGUGCGGAAAGGGGUCACCGCUCGGACGCCACUCCGCCAGCAGAGCCCUAGGAUGCAGCCACCAGCGGCAAAGGAGGCCGGGCGCAGGGAGCCGCCGGAGCAGGUCGGAAAGAGCGCGCCGGGCGGGGGGCUCCGCGAGGGGCGCGCGAAGGGGGCGCCCCGGUUGGAGCCACCCAAGCCCGGCUGGGCGCUGACGCUGGAGGGACUGGCGGCCAUGCGCCCUGCGCAGCGCCACCGCCACCUGCUCUUCGGCGACCUGCUGGAGGACGUGAGCGCCGCUGCCUCCAUCUUCCCGCGCGAGUCGCUGGAGCUGAUGCGCCGCAUGCCCGACCCGAGCGCGUGGACGCAGCCGCCCGAGCUGCCCGAGCAGCGGCAGAACCAGCUCCUGGGAGUCCUCAAGGCCGCCGAGGCCCGCGGGCGAGUCCGCGCCCUACGGCUGCGCUACACUCGCAUGCGGGCCGAGGAGAUCGCGCUCCUCAUCCAGCGGCAGAAGUCCGCGCGCGCCGCCAUCCGGCUGGAAAUGUUCCUGCCGCCGCAGCUGAAGUCCGAGAGGAUCCCGGACCCCCUGGCCCGGCAAGAGCGGCGGCGAGUGGAGACCAUCCUGGAGGCGAGCGUGGAUGGCAGCAUCUUCCCUCGCUGA